AUGAUUAGAGCAUGCAGAUCCCCAACUAUCUUGAGAUCUUCCAUCAAUAGAAUGGCUCUACUUUGCAGACAAGCACCAGCUGCUAUGAGAUUUGUUUCUUUCCCUGCCUCCCAACUAAGUAUUUCCGAUGUCAACCCAAAGGCUAUCGAUGCCAAGUAUGCUGUUAGAGGUAAAAUCCCCAUUAGAGCCGAUGAGUUGAAAGAAAUGUUGGAAAAUAGUGACGAUCACAAUUUACCAUUUGAUCGUAUUAUUCUGGCUAACAUCGGUAACCCACAACAAUUGGAUCAAAAACCAUUGACUUGGUAUAGACAAGUCCUUUGUCUUUUACAAUAUCCAACGCUUUUACAUAACCCACCUUCUGAUUUCCCUGCUGAUGUUGUGGAAAGAGCAAAGACUUUACAUUCCAAUGUGGGGUCUCUUGGUGCUUAUUCUCAUUCUCAAGGUGCCAUUCAUAUUAGAAAAUCUGUAGCUAAAUUCAUCGAAGAAAGAGAUGGUCUUGAAUUUCCUGCAAAUCCAAAGGAUAUCUUUUUAACCAGUGGUGCUUCUGCUGCUGUUCAAUAUUUGUUGCAAUUAUUCUCCAAUUCUCCAAAGCUGUCCUACUUGAUUCCUAUCCCUCAGUAUCCAUUGUACACAGCUACAAUCACUUUAAACAAUGCUCGUCCUAUUGGAUACUUUUUGGACGAAAGUAACCAUUGGUCCACUGAUCCCGCUGAAAUCAGACAAUUAAUUAAAGAAAAUGCCGAUUUUGAUAUCAAAGCUCUUGUGGUGAUUAAUCCAGGUAACCCUACUGGUGCUAUUUUGGCUCGUGAAGACAUUGUUGAAAUCUGUAAGAUUGCUGCUGAAAAUGGUAUAGUAGUUAUUGCAGAUGAAGUGUAUCAAGAAAAUGUGUUUAAGGGAGAAUUCAUUAGUGUACGUAAGGUAUUAAAGGAAUUGCAACGUGAUUUCCCUGGUAAAUAUGAUAAGGUUCAAUUGGCUUCUUUGCAUUCCACAUCUAAAGGUGUUUCUGGAGAAUGUGGUCAACGUGGUGGUUAUAUGGAACUUGUUGGGUUCAAACCUGAAGUUCAAGACGUCAUUUUCAAAUUAGCUCUGAUCAACCUUUGUUCAGUUGUUCUGGGUCAAGUUUUAAUGGAAUUAAUGAUCAACCCUCCUAAAAAGGGUGAUCCAUCUUAUGAAUUGUACCACAAGGAAACCCAAGGUAUUCAUAAGGAUUUGAUGCAUCGCGCAACUCAAUUGUACAAAAGUUUCUUGGAGAUGGAGGACAUUGAGUGUAACAAACCAAUGGGAGCCAUGUACUUAUUCCCAUCAUUGAAAUUCACAAAGGAAAAGUACCCAAAGUUAUUUGAAGAAGCAGAGAAAACCGGUGCAAUUAUUGAUGAAGUGUAUUGUAUUGAAUUAUUAGAGAAUACUGGUAUUUGUUGUGUUCCUGGUAGUGGGUUUGGUCAGAAACCUGAUACUUAUCAUGUUAGAACUACAUUCUUACCCCCAGGUGAUGAAUGGAUUAAGAGAUGGAAUAAGUUCCAUGCUGAUUUUGUUGCCAAAUAUACUUCUUAA